AGAUCACUUGCCCCUUGCCAGCUGCCGCUAGCCAUCUCCCUCACACCAGUGCCUAGCAAAAUCGGAAGCCCUCAUCGAUCUCUUGUCUCCAGCUCUCCAUUACCCUCAGUCUCGCUGGAGAUGCAGACUGCUUGGCCAAAACUGCUCUCCGCUCCGCUCGAUUGGAAUAUAAAUCCCUCUUACCACUUCAUGUCCUAACUCAAGUCCCAGGCGCCGACCCGCAGUCUGCGUUCCGUGUGACACUCCUGCUCCUCUCAACCGGCGCAGCGCCGCCGCGCCCUCAACCGCCGCCGCCAUGCUGCUCCUCCGAAGGCACCUCCUCCCUCUCCUCCGCGCGGCCUCCCCGCUCCCUUCCCCAAUCCACCGCCGCGCCUGCCCCCUACUCUCCACCUCUGCCUCCGCCGCCCCUUUCUCCUUCGAGGACUACCUCGUCGCCGCCUGCGGCCUCUCCCCAGCUCAAGCCGGGAAGACAGCCCAGAAGGCCGUCGAUGAAACAUCCAGACAUUCUAAGAAAGCAUUCGAGGACCUCUCCCGGUCCCGCCUCAAAUCCGCAUCCAACCCGGACGCCAUCCUCGCCUUUCUCUCCGGCGUCGGCCUCUCCCGCACAGACAUCGCCGUCGUCGUCGCAGCCGAUCCGUUGCUCCUCCGCUGCUCGGUGAAGACCAUCGGCCCCCGCCUCCUCGCCCUCCGGGACUGCCUCGGUCUGUCCGCUCCCCAGGUCGUUCGCUUCCUCCUGGUCGGCUCACGCUCUCUCCACAGCCGCAGCAUCCUUCCCACGCUCCAAUUCUUGAUCUCGUUCUACGGCUCAUUUGAGCAGGCCCUGGUGGCAGCAAAGAGGAAUCGCGGCCUCCUGCACGCGAGCCUUGAGAAGACGAUCGAGCCUAAGGUAGCGUUGUUUCGUCAGUUUGGUGUUCGCGAUAUUGCCAAGCUGUGUUCAAACAACCCAAAAUUGCUUACGUUCAGCCUGGAGCGCGUGCAAGAGUUUUUGCUGCGGGCGGAAGAACUUGGGGUGCCUCGCAAUUCACAGAUGUUCAAGUAUGCGGUGGCUGUGGUCGCCUGUAAUUCCAGAGAGAAGGUUGCUGCCAAGAUUGAGUUUUUUAAGAGGACUCUUGGUUGUUCUGAGUCCGAGGUUUCCAUUGUAGUGUUCAGACAGCCAAGUAUUUUAGGAGUCUCUGACGAGAAACAUAUCCGCAAGUUUGAGUUCCUGAUCAAUGAGGUUGGGAUGGGGCCACGGUACAUUCUGGAAAGGCCUUAUCUGUUUGCAUUAAGCCUGGAAAAGCGUCUGCUCCCACGGCAUAGGGUUCUGAAGGUCCUGCAGGCAAAGGGAUUGUUGAAUAGCAAGAUGAGCUUUACUAAAUUCGUUACGAUUGGAGAGAAGGCUUUCAGAUUGAGGUUCAUUGACCCUCACAAGGAUUCUGUUCCUGGUCUCGCAGGUUAUUAUACCACGGCUUGUGCUGGUGGUGUGCCCCCUGAAGUCCAACUAUCAUCCUGAAAUAUUUAAUUUAUAUAAUUGAGGUGGAUUGUAGAAUUGCAACUCAUGCUCACUAGCAACUGUCCAUGGUACAGUACAGACUUUAGAAUUUUAUGUUUCAGCAAUAUAACUACUUCUGAUCUUUGACUAGACAUUGUCCAAGUUUUAGUUGUGGUUAUCGAUGAGCAUUAGUUUUGAGUUAUUUUAUAGAGUUACUGUGCGAGUAUAAUCACUUCUUCCUAGCACAUGACUUACUUUGUCCUCAAAGUUAGCUACUAGUAAUAUGAUAGUAUUAGCUUCCCCUUUUCUCUAACCAUGUAUGUUUCAUCAGAGAUUAUCUUUAAGUACCUCACACUAGUUUUUUUUUCUUUUUUCACACUAAUCACUGGUACUUCUGUGAGGCUUCCCAAAUUUUGUAUUUUGCUGAAUGAAUUGCUUUCAUUUCUAGUGUUGUUUAUAUUUUACAUUCCUCCAUCGAUGGCACUUCACUAGUUUAGUGGCCAAAAUUCAUGCAGAGUUGGAGCUCUCAAUGAGACACACACAUAAUACUGUGUAAAAACAACAAAAUUUUCAUGCUUUCUCUAGACUGUUUUGAGUGCAAUGAGCUCAACCUUCUCAACAAAUAUGAUUGUUUGUUUGCCUGAAGGGGAUGAGUUACUAAUAGUCGGAAUAAACCAUAGGUAAGGGAUAUUCAUAAACUGUUAAUGUAUUGGUAUUGCCUUACAGAACUCGUCACUCAGUUACUGGUAUGGCUUCUAGCUAGAUUCUUGAACUAUCAUUUUGAUUCAGUUAUGAAGUGCAACAAAACUAUUGAGUAGGGCAAGUUAAUACGUUUUCUCGAACAGACAAGUUAAUACUUUUGUGUAGCUUUAUUUCUAUAUAAGAAAUAUGGUAUCUUUUACUUCCUAGAAUGCUCAAAUUAGAACCACUACUGAUUUCUGAUUGCUCAUAGUCCAAGUUGUAGUUUAUCUAUGAAGGAACUGGUUUGACAUUUAUGGGGUCUUACUGCGUGCAUUUGUUAUGUCGCUUACUCGCUUCUGCUUAGCACACGGCUAAAGAGUAUCCUUAACAUAGUUGUUCUGCUGCAGGUAAGUAUUUUUUAUAGCACUUAAUCAUACUGGAAUUUGACAGUAUUAGCUUUCCCUUUUUCCUAACAAGCAUGGACUAUUUACAAGCCUUUUUCUUUCCUAUCUGUCAUUCCUUGUUCUGGGUUUAUGGCAGUUCACAUGAUGUGUUCUAGAACUUAUUGAAGUGUUUUCUAAGCAGUAUCACAAAAGCUUCUGUAUCCACCGGUAUCCUCUAUUUUGAGCUGCUUGUGAAAGUCCAGACCUCUGGAUAGCCCCUUGAAAAAAAGGAAUCAGGUAGACCAACCACAAGCGUUAACUUUGUAUGGCUUGUGUGAUAAGAAGAAAUUAUCUUCAUAGGAUCUAUGUUCAUUUUGUACGUUUAAGGCUGUAAAAGCUUGUUUGCCUCCAAAGUCCACACAGUAAUUGAUUCGAAGAUACAGAGUGCCAACUUCCAGAAUAAGAUUAUGUGCUUUACAGUUUGUGGUUU